AUGGCUUUUCUCGUUGUGCCCUGCCUAUCUAGGACAUGUAUAAUCGGAAUUAAUGUAUUGGACGAGCACCGAGCCAAUAUCAAUCUAGAUACAAAGACUCUUACGUUCCCAUAUCUAGAGGGCCAACCAGCGAUUCGGAUCGUAAAAGACGAAGAGAAAAAGAGACCUAAUGAGAGCUACAAUAUCUGUCGCGUAAAUUCAGAGACGUUAGACUCAAUUAAAUGGGAGCAGAUUUCUACGGAACGAGAAGAAACAUUAGCCGAGAAUUUACCUUUGAAUAUCUUACAGGACGAAAUUCAGGAGAAAAUAAACGAGAAUAUAAAUCUGAUAUACGAAGAGAAGAAACAGCUUGGAGAAAUCUUGUGUAGACACAAAAAGGUAUUCCGGCGAAAGCCUGGAUUACUCACACAAUACGAACACGUAUUGAAAGUGAAGGAAUCUCAACCCUUUGCUGGACGGAGUUACCCAAUACCCAUGGCGCAUCGUGAAAAGGUAGGCGAGGAAGUGCAAAGAAUGUUAAAAAUGGGGAUUAUUCAGAGAUCCAAUAGUCCUUAUAUUAACCCUAUCGUCCCUGUAAUAAAAAAAGAUGAAACGAUCCGCCUAUGUAUAGACGCACGGGGGCUGGAGGAAAUUUUAAUCGAAGACUGCGCGCGUCUAGAACCAGCCGAAGUAUUAUUCCAAAAAUGCAAAGGAAUGAAUAUAAUGUCGUAUCUGGACAUGACCAGUAGUUUCUGGCAGGUGCCAUUACAUCCCACAUCGAGAAAAUACACGGCUUUUCAGCACAGAUAG